UAACUUGUUGCUUUUGUGAGGCACAGUAACCAGACUCCAAACUUCUCCCAGGACUCUAUGGUUCACGGCUCCUCUGCACUGGGCAGCUGCUCCUCUGCGCUUUUACGCACAGGUCUGGUGCGUAAUCUCUCCUGCAGUCCAGAGGAAACUCCAGGAAGCUCCACCUGCAUCCACAUGUCCCCCAGCUGCUUCGCUACUUCGUCUGUCUUUCUGUGAGCUUCGGAACCGACCUACAGCAUCCGCAGGAUGGCGGCAGGUGUGGCGGCGUGGCUGCCGUUCGCCCGCGCUGCGGCCAUCGGCUGGAUGCCGGUGGCCAGCGCGCCGAUGCCGGUGCCACCGACCGAGAAGCAGCGCGGGAAGGACGGGCUCAUUGUCCUGAACGUGAGCGGCUCAAAGUUUCAGACUUGGCGGAGCACGCUGGAGCGGUACCCCGACACCCUGCUGGGAAGCUCGGAAAGAGAGUUUUUCUUCCACGAGGACAGCAACGAAUACUUCUUCGACCGCGAUCCAGAUAUCUUUCGUCACGUUCUCAACUUUUACCGCACUGGGAAGCUCCACUACCCGCGCCAGGAGUGCAUCUCUGCAUACGAUGAAGAGCUGGCCUUCUUCGGAAUCAUCCCGGAGAUCAUUGGAGACUGCUGCUAUGAGGAGUACAAGGACCGGAGGAGAGAGAACCUGGAGCGCAUCCAGGAUGAUGAAGAGUCAGACCAGAGCAAUGACCUCACCCCCGGGGACCUGAGCUUUAGGGAAACCAUGUGGAGAGCUUUUGAGAACCCUCACACCAGCACCAUGGCACUGGUCUUUUACUAUGUUACCGGUUUCUUUAUCGCGGUUUCAGUGAUGGCCAAUGUUGCUGAGACUGUACCGUGUGGUUCCGCACUGAACCGUGUCAAGGAGAUGUCCUGUGGAGAACGGUACGCCUUGGCAUUCUUCUGUCUGGACACUGCUUGUGUCAUGAUCUUCACGGUCGAGUACUUGCUGCGCAUGUUUGCGGCGCCUAGCCGAUUCAAGUUCGUCAAGAGCGUUAUGAGCAUCAUAGACGUGGUGGCCAUCAUGCCCUACUACAUCGGCCUUGUCAUGACCGACAACGAGGAUGUGAGCGGCGCCUUUGUUACGCUGAGGGUCUUCCGGGUUUUCCGAAUUUUUAAGUUUUCUCGUCACUCCGCGGGACUUCGUAUCCUGGGCUACACCCUGAAGAGCUGCGCUUCGGAACUUGGCUUCCUUCUCUUCUCGCUCACCAUGGCUAUCAUCAUCUUCGCCACUGUGAUGUUCUACGCUGAGAAAGGGUCUUCUGCGAGCAAGUUCACCAGCAUCCCAGCUGCCUUCUGGUACACCAUCGUCACCAUGACAACACUGGGAUACGGCGACAUGGUUCCCAAGACCAUCAUGGGGAAGAUCUUUGGCUCCAUCUGUUCUCUCAGUGGGGUGCUGGUCAUCGCCCUGCCUGUACCGGUCAUCGUGUCCAACUUCAGCCGAAUUUACCACCAAAGUCAGCGAGCAGAGAAAAGAAAAGCGCAGAAGGCUUCCAAAGAGGCAGGCCAGGCCUUGGUGUGCAAAACCAACCCGGACUUUGAGAUUCACCAUCAUCAUCUCCUGCACUGUCUGGAGAAGACCACGAAUCACGACUUUGUCGACGAGAAGACGUACGAGUCCACCUGCAACGAGAUGACGCUGGUGAAGCAGUUGUCUCGCUCUUCCUCCAACGCCUCCUCCUCCUCCUCCUCUCAUGGUUUCACGUCCUGCUGCAGCCGCAAGAAGCGAAAGUCCUUCAACGUCCCAAACUCUGAGACGGCUGUCGGCCUGCAGGGCAGCAUCCAGGAGCUCAGCACUAUCCAGAUCAGAGAGCGACCUCUGGCCAACAGUCGUUCCAGUCGUUCCAGCCUCAACGCCAAAUUCGAGGAGACGCUUCCUCUGAAUUGUGAACAGUCCUACAUCACGGCGGCCGUCAUCAGCAUACCUACACCGCCUGGGACCACACCAGAAGGCGAGGAAUCUGCCAGCUCCACCGACUGCUCCCAGGCCAACAUUGUGCGCGUGUCUGCGCUCUAGAGUGUCCUAGCUAUGGAAAUAACCCAGCAGGAUGACAUCCACCCAGUUGGACCAAGUGUCCAUCAGCAGUCAAGUCUUCUCCGGGAGGAACACGUCCCACUGAAACUGAGAGAACUGAUGUGAAAAUGACUCUUUUUUUCACUUUCCUGUUGAGAGUUUUUAUUGCAGAUGUUGACACCAGCUCAAAAAAACACAAUAUUUUUAUGAUGCUAAGUCUGUCACACAACACAAGCUGCUGUAGAGUUGUAUAGAUUCAGUAGAACUUGAAGUGGACAUUUGUGGUUGAACUUUUUACUUGAAAGAAGGAACAUGUUUAUCAAACAAAGAUUAGCGCUUGACAUGAGGGACGUGAGGGGUUUGCUGUAUAUGUGUAUCAUCUGUAUUACACCCCAACGACACACAGAGAUGAUCUCAGGUUGUUUAUAAGAGUGAAAAUGUAUCGAUUUAAUCUAUCUCAAAAUGGUUGCCCUUUCUCUAAGCUUUGCUUUUGUUAGCUUAGGAGCUUAAAAUAGUUUUACCAAGUACUAAGUAUAUUUAAGGGACAUGCUGGAGCCCAUUCAAGAUUUUAAAAGCACUCGAUGACAGUACAGGUCAAUACCCUCUGUUGAGCUGGAGUCGUUGAGAUUUUCACUGCAGUCGUUUGUGAUGACAAGUGUUUAUACGAUAUUGAAUUUUCGGAACGUUGGAGCAUGCUCAGUGUGUGUGAGUGCAUGGACCGCGGUGUUUCCUUUGCAUGCAAAUCAGUCAAGGUGGUUGCCAUCUUCUGGCAAAGCUUGGUCUGCUGCACAAUGUAAAUAACAGUUUUUGUUUUUGUCAUGCAUCUCUGGAUGACAGCAACCAUGUGAGCAGAUGCAACGUCGAUGGUGGGAAAAGAUAGUAAAAACGCAGAAUCACAAAAGUCUCUCAGCAAUGAUCACCACACCCAGUACGUUCAUGGCAUUUGUUUGACUUAGCAGAACAGGUGGAUAGUUGCAUAUGAACUUCAUCGACAGAUGAGUCAGAUCCUUUUUGUUAAUCAUAAUGUUUGAAUUUAUUUCUCCUUAAAGCCACUUUAAUGGUCUCUGGAAGUUUACAAGACACUUCUGAGCAAAGUUGCUGAGAAGUGAAACAUAGGUUUGAGAUGCAUGAACACAGACAGAGGAAAGAGUUUAUUGGAGACAAGAUGAAAACUUAAAUUUAAAUACAUAGCAUAAACAUAAACAAUUCCAAAAACAAAAGCUUGCUCAACUGAUUUUUAGAUGUUUCCCUUUUAAUAAUAAUAGUUAUUAUUUUAAAAUAUAUAUAAUAAUUAUUAUUUAUUUAUUUAUUUAUUUAUUUUGUAGUCACUCAACUCAUGGUUGAAGAAGGUAGAGUAGAUGUAAAUCACCUGACAUCUUGAAAAAAUCUUUGAAGUCCUACCCUGAGCAUCUGAACAGAACGAGUUACACCAGGAGGUUUGGAGUCCAGUCCACUUCACACACAUUGGAAGUAAAAUGCAUCUGAGAAACCAUGUUUAACAACCGCUGUCACUUGCUGCUGAAGAGUGUUGGAACAACAAUGUGAGGCCUUUCAAAACGAUAAGUUUCUGGUUCUGGAACCGGUGCCGAAGCGGCAUUCGUUCUGAAGACCUUCAGUUGUGUGUGCGUGUGUGUGUUUAUCCAAUAUUUUUUAUAGUCCUGAUUGUUGUCUGAGUUCAUGUAGCUGUAGCUGUCAUAUGUCAGUGCGAACAAAGCAGAUAUUUCUUUUCAUUUCCAAUAUCACAGACCCACCGUUAUGGAACCACAACCAGUACUGAGCUGUGCUGGUGUGAAUGACCUCUGUGAAGUGUGACUGUCACUUUGGUACCUUUUGCUUCAAACGUUGACGCACCACUUACUGGGUUUGUGAUAACCUUUGAAUAUGCUUUGUCUGACUGAAAAUUGCAGGGCAUUAUGGGAAAUGUACAUUUUUUCUUUUUCAAUUUUACAUGUUUGAAGAGUUUGUGUUUGCUUAUUACACGUCUACAGUGGCGCUUGUCAGGACUUCACAUUGGGACAUUUGAGAUGAGCUGAAGUCUAAAAUGUAAAACUCUCAAGACACUUGAUAAAACUUGAAUUUGGUUUGAGUUUGCCAGUUUGGUGUGUUAUGUUUUGACAACGCUUGCACAAGGACCACCCAGAACUCACCAUUCCAUCACUGCUGGACAUCAACAUAUGCAACUGACUUUUGGUUUGUAAAGAUUUAUUACUUGUAAUUAUGGAAAUGAGAAAUAUUUUUGAUGAUGUUUGGUUUGUUAAUACAAUUACCGGUAUUAUAAAUAUGAUGACUAUAAUUGUUGCAGAUGGCGGUGCACAUGUGUUAUUGUUCUUUGAUGUUGUAAAAAAGAAGUCAUUUUUAUGCUGUUUUCCAUCGAGUAUAUGGCAGUUUGUCAACAUCUUGAGUUAAGUUUUAAUGUGCAUGUGUUCUGAUCAAACAUCGAGGAAGCGUAGAGGACGGGGUUCAGUUUGAUUCUAGCUUGUGUUGGACUGCAG